UGAAUGUCUCACAACAACAGCUGGCGGCGGAUAGAGAGAGAAAGAAAGACAACGAGAGACAACGAGAUAGAGAGAGAAAGAGAGAGAGAGAGAGAGAGAGAGAGAGAGAAGACAGAAGACAGAAGACAGAAGUCUGAGCAGGGCCACUCAUCCGCUCCCUGCGCCGCAGAGUUACACAUCAUCCCCGCUCUCACUGCAGCUUCCUCCUCACAAGAUCCACCUAGGUCUUUUUUUCCUCCCGACCUCUUCGCGGCACACGGCGCAUGCUCAGACUGACGAGACGGUGCAGUUGUUUGUAUUCCGGAACUCCGAGACACUGAACGUUUUUAAAGAUGACCACUUCCUGGAGUGACAGACUGCAGAACUAUGCAGACUUGCCUGCCAACAUGGAUAGACUGAUGAUGAAAAAAUACAGGAGAGAGCCCUACCACAGAGUGUUUGUCAACAGAAGUUUGGCCAUGGAGAAGAUUAAGUGCUUCGGCUUUGACAUGGAUUACACUUUAGCAGUGUACAAGUCACCAGAGUACGAGUCACUAGGCUUCGAGCUCACAGUGGAGCGUCUGGUUUCCAUUGGUUACCCCCAGGAGCUGUUCAGCUUCGUAUACGACCCGUCCUUUCCCACCAGGGGCCUCGUGUUUGAUACCAUGUAUGGAAACCUGUUGAAGGUCGAUGCCUAUGGUAACAUCCUGGUCUGCGUCCACGGAUUCAACUUCCUCCGAGGCCCCGAGAUACGUGAACGGUACCCAAACAAGUUUAUCCAGAGAGAUGAUACAGAGCGCUUUUAUAUCCUCAACACACUCUUCAACCUGCCAGAGACCUACCUCUUUGCCUGCCUAGUCGACUUCUUCUCCAACUGUGACCGAUACACAAGCUGCGAAUCCGGCUUCAAAAACGGCGACCUCUUCAUGUCCUACAAGAGCAUGUUCCAGGACGUCCGCGACGCCGUGGACUGGGUCCACUUCAAGGGUACGCUAAAGGAGAAGACUGUUGAGAACCUGGAGAAGUACGUAGUGAAAGAUGGGAAGCUGCCUCUCCUCCUCAGCCGAAUGAAUGAAGUGGCCAAGGUUUUCUUGGCUACCAACAGUGACUACAAAUACACCGACAAAAUCAUGACCUACCUGUUUGACUUCCCCCACGGCCCUAAGCCUGGUACCUCCCACAGACCGUGGCAGUCCUACUUUGAUCUGAUCCUGGUGGACGCGAGGAAGCCGCUGUUUUUCGGGGAGGGGACGGUGCUCCGACAAGUCGACACGACAACGGGGCGUCUGAAGAUUGGAACCUACACAGGACCUCUGCAGCACGGAAUCGUCUACUCUGGAGGUUCGUCAGACAUCGUGUGUGACCUGCUGGGAGCCAAGGGGAAGGACAUCGUGUACAUCGGGGACCACAUCUUCGGAGACAUCCUCAAGUCCAAGAAGCGCCAGGGCUGGAGGACGUUCCUCGUCAUACCCGAGCUGGCCCAGGAGCUGCACGUGUGGACCGACAAGAGCUCGUUAUUUGAAGAACUGCAGGGCCUGGAAAUUUUCUUGGCUGAACUCUACAAACACCUGGACAGCAGCAGCAACGAGAGGCCUGACAUCAGCACUAUUCAGAGAAGGGUCAAGAAAGUGACACACGACAUGGACAUGUGCUACGGCAUGAUGGGCAGCCUCUUCCGCAGCGGCUCCCGACAGACCCUGUUCGCCUCGCAAGUGAUGCGUUACGCCGACCUGUACGCCGCCUCCUUCAUCAACCUGCUGUACUACCCCUUCAGCUACCUCUUCCGAGCUGCACACGUCCUGAUGCCCCACGAGUCGACGGUCGAACACACCCACGUGGACAUCGACACAGAGUCGCCCCUGGCAACACGCAACCGCACCCACUGCAGCGACUGCAAGGACCUGGAGUGCAAGCGCAGCCAGCUGACCCGCUCCUUCAGUGAGAUCAAACCUCCCAACCUGUUCCCUCAGACUCCCCAAGAGAUCACUCACUGCCAUGAUGAGGAUGACGAUGAGGAGGAGGAGGAGGAGGAGGAGGAGGAGGAGGAGGAGGAGGAGGAGUAAGGUGGACAUGCAGACAUGCAGACGAGAGCCACGGUCCUGCUCCUGCUUUCCAAUCUUUCCCAGUAGAGUCAGGUAGUGAUCGAUCGCACAGUGAGGCAGGAAGAGAAACAUUUCCAGUGUGUUUGUUUUUGUGUGUGUGUGUCUACUGUAUCAGUACUGGAUGCUCACAAACCACACACACACACGCUGGAGAUUUCAGAGGAAAGUACAAUGGACCAGUAGCAAGACAGAUUGUAUGACUGUCAGCAGACUGUUUACAUUCUAGGUCCUCGAAAAUCCAACUUUUCUUCACUUCAUUAUAAGAAAGAAAUAUUUGUUUUUAAUCGAUUGGAGUUCUGUAUAGUUUUCUCCAUCAGAACACACUACAUCACAUUUAAUUUUUAUUAUGUUUUCAGAAGACCCAGCUGGUGGAGUAAACACACUUCCAUCCAAUCGGAUAUGUUUUGUGAACUGUUGUGUUCAUCACAACACACUAGCCUCGCUGACGCAGUAUGCACAGUUUGAUUAAGUGAAAAAAUACUUUUCAGGUGUGGUGAGAGAAAUUAGAUGCACAUACUGUAUAAAAAUUUAAUUAUUUUUUAUGCAACAUGGGAACAACAUAAAUUUUUUCAUGUUUUGUAUUAUUUUCUUGGCUUUCUUGUCAUUAAGGAUGAUUGAUUUUCUUUUUACUCUAAUGUAAGUGUGUGUUUGUGUGUAUGUGUGUGUGUCUGCCCAAGUUGUCCCAAACACACUGUAGCAUCCUGAGCGACGGUGAGCUGAAAAUCCAUUGUACUAAACUGAAGCACAAGCCGGCGUGACACCAUCGACAUGUAAUGCAACAUGUGGCUGUUGAACUGAUAUUCUGUUACUUAGCAACAAUGAGGGCAGAGUACUGUAACUGUGUGUAAUGCUGACCGUGUCUAUGACAACCUGAACUACAGUAGUGUUUCUGUAAAUAGCCGUCACGUGGGUGUUUUUUUUGUUUGUUUUUUCUUCUAUGUAAUCUGUUUGCAAAAUGUGCAAGAAGUCUUUUAUGCAGUUCAGUAAUUUAGGAGGAUUUUUAUCAUUUUAACAGCGGGGAUGUGAAACAUGAAAAUGUUUUGACCAUAUUAAGCAACGUGUGUGUGUGUGUGUGUGUGUGUGUGUGUGUGUGUGUGUGUGUGUGUGUGUGUGUGUGUGUGUGUGUGUGUGUGUGUGUGUGUGUGUGUGUGUGUGUGUGUGUGUGUGUGUGUGUGUGUUUUCAGGAUGUACAGUACGGAGCUCAGCUCAGUUCAGUACGUCUCUGAUCAGCUCGCUUUGUUUAUGUUCUGGGCUUUGAGGCUUUGCUGGGCUUUUUUUUCUUCUUUUCUUUUCUCAAAAUGCAAAUUUCUUUGAACUUUGCAACAACAGACAAGCUCAGUGAACUAACAGACCCUUGAAACUUGGUGUUCUUUAUAACAUCAAAUAUUCAUGAAUGAGUGAAUAAGCAAUAUGAGGUAUUGGUGUUCUUUAUUUAAGGUUUAACCGUCAGCGACUGAGUUUGCCUUCCCUCAUCAGGACCGUGUGGGUGUGGGUUGAGUGCGUUUCCACCCACCGUUUUUUAUGCACAUUUUUAAUUGACGUUAAAAGAGAGAAAGAAAAAAAAAUCCUUAAAAGGGUUUUUAUACUUGGCUGAGGUUGCGUAGGUGAUGUAUAACAAAGUGUAAUGGAAACAGACGGAAGCAAUAAAGUAGAACGAACAAGCGAGCGAAUUCAACGGAGGAGAAAAACUAAGCAGCGGACAACGAGGAGGCUGUGAUGUCCGUCAGAUUAACACACAAAACGAGCACAAACUCUUUCUCCAUUGCAUUUUCCCCACAUCCUCUUUCUGCAUGUUGUGACCUCUGCUCCCCUCGUUGUGUCCUGCACAGGUUUAACGGCGGCCUGCAGGAGCAUCAGCACCACCAGCUGUGCUCCUGGUGUUUGGAUUUGUAACAGUUGUGGAUUUGAAACGCACGACAAGUCACAUUUUUUCUUUUGGUACUUCCAAGUUGAAAUUUGGGUCUCAAUCUAGAUGGACACUUGGCUGCUUUCGUCCUGAUUGGUGCAAGGGAGUUUGUGACGUCACUGUUCUCCAAGCCCCGCCCACUUCCACCUUGUGAGAGGAGCGCAGAGGGCAAAGAGAACAACUCGAUAUCUCUGCUGCGAAAUAGCUAAUAACUGUUCAAACUUUGUCAAAAAACGGUGCGUUCGUGUUCGUCUCUGUUGCUCGCAGCGGGAAAAAAAACGAAUGCAGGGGCAGUUGACCGAGACUCAGUAUCACUGGCACGUUCAUGAGCAAAUGCAUCAGUGUUAGUAUUCAAAACACAGAGAGCUGCCUAAAUUUCAAAAACAAUGACUUGUUGUUUUUUCAUUUCAACAUCCAGUGUUUCCUGUAUGUUGACUCUCCCCACAUGUUGUGUGAGUCCUGUGAGUGUUGGGCCACAAAAAGGAAGAUACUUGCCCCCCCACCACCCUCCUCCUUUUUCCCUUCUUUUUCUUCUUUUAAUUUUAUUUCUACACAAGUGAAAUACUGUAGUCCUAUUCUCAGUUGUGACUUUUUAAGUUCUCAAACGACAUGAUCUGCUACACGAGGCAGCUGCAUCGCCGAAGAGAGAGAGAGGGAGACGCUGUCUUUUUCUUUGCACAAUUUUCAUUUGCAUGAGAAAAUAAUACGCAUAUCCAUUCUGCCACUGUAGCAUUUGGUUAUACUUCAUUGUGGACCGCGUAGUAUUUGGAAAAGCUUUUUUCUUUUUUGGGACAUUAGUCAGUGUAGUUUGCACAGGGUGAAAAAAACAAAAAACUGUAAAAGUAUAAAAAGAAUUAAAACUUGCAAUGAACAGAAACGUGAAUAGCAUGUUGACUACUGUGACUAUAAGUAUGUUAUCAACACCCUGGGGUUCUUUUUAUUUAUCUAAGCUAGUGUUUUUAAAUGGUCUUGGUUUACACAGCUGUAAUUAGACCGAUACAUUUCCUAUUCUUAUAUUUGUUUUUCAAAUGACAUGUCUCCUGUCCAUUUUUAUACUGUACUGCAGCAGUCUGACUAAAGCCUUGUGAACAGGUACAUCGCUGUAGAGGAGUGUUAAUCAGUGUUGUGAUGCAUCCCCACUAACAGCAGGUGCCAAAACUGUCACUUUUCCUUCUCCAAAACUCUAGUGAUCUUCAGUUUUUAUGCAUAUCCUUUCAUAUACUCCUGUGUUUGUUUCCAGCAAUUAGCCUACAGACUGUACAUUGAAGAAAAAUACAUACAAAAUGUAGAAUAAAGAUAGUUUUUCAUAA